AUGAAGCGAGCCUGCAGCCCAGAAAGCAGCCGAGCAAGCAGCCAAGAAUAUGAGCCGGCACAGACAUAUCGAAACGAGCGACCAGUCCUCGCAAGCUUGACUGUAUCUGUAUCUCCGCCUCCAAAGAGAUCCCCAAGUAGGAAAAUUCAGGAUGAGAGCAUCACACUUUCAUUCAACGCACCAAAGUCCAAGGCCACGCCAAGCCUCGCCGCUAUAGAAGCAGGCCAAGUCCAAGUGAAAGACCAUCUAAAGAUUAUAUCCACAAAAUUGAGUCAAUGCAUAUGUCCCAUCCCAAAGCAGUCAUUUCCCCAAUUACCAAUUGCAGACUGGGCCGAUCUAUACAGACGCAACGAACGCCCAGACGGCCGCCACUUUGUCAUCCACCAGCACGAUCAUCCUGUUGCAGGUCCCCAUUAUGAUCUUCGGCUGCAGAUCUCAGAGACGAGCUCUGUUAGCUGGGCGAUUAUGUAUGGAAUGCCUGGUGAUCCUAACAGUACGCGGCUGAAUCGCAAUGCAACCGAGACUCGUAUUCAUUGUCUAUGGAACCAUCUUAUUGAGACCGCUUCUCAUAGAACUGGAAGUAUGAUUAUCUGGGAUACCGGCGAAUAUGAAGUCCUACCGUAUCCCAUGGAGGAACCGUCCGGUCCUGAGACGGACGAUUCGAGAUCUGAGCUAUCCGAUGGGGGCUCUGUCCCUGCGUCUGUUCCAUUGGAGGAGCAGAAAUCCGACAGUGCAAAACUGCAAGAAGCAUUUCAAAAUGGCAAAAUCCGACUUCGAUUGCACGGCACCCGUCUCCCCAAAGACUACACCAUCUCCCUCCGCAUGGACAAAUCUACCAACUACCGAAGACCAAUCCGCCAAGGCUCCAAACGGCGCCGACGCCACCAAUCUACACAGACAGUCCCACCAGCGCCAUCAACCUCGGACUCGGAAGCGGCCUCACCGCCACCCCCUGACGCCAACCGACCCGGCUCAUCACCUGCAUCAGCAUCGCGAACUCGAACAUCCCCAAACCGAGUAGGAACUCCCCGAUCGAAAUCCGAUCCCGAAACUCGCAACAACGGCAACCAUUCCGAUCACACCCCGGACCUGGAUAUCCAACUCCAAAACGCCUACCCGGGUUCCACUAAUAGCAUUGGCUCGAUCCAUCAGCGCCGAUGGUAUCUUAGCCUGGACCGGGUAAGCUCAGGAUUUCGGAUAAUCAAGUCAGUAGACCGAGAUUCAUCAUCUCGUCAGCCGAAGGCGAAGGUCUGGGGCCGGAGCUCCGACGGGGGCUUCGAGGCGUUUCAUGUGCACGGGCCAGAGGUGGAGCGGAGUGUCGUGACGGGGAGAUUGGGAGUGCAGGUUCUAGAGGCUGAGGGAGUGAAAGGGUUCGUGGCUAGACGGGGGUGGAGACCUGUCCUGCAUUAG